UUUAAUGGGAAACAUACGCAGUCGACAUCAUCGCUCUUGUUGAGCAAGAAAAUACCAUCGCCGUCGCCAAGCCUCAGACACACGCAUCACAAUUCACCACACAGAAAAAACGAAAUUCGACUCACUUUACUCUAUUACGUUGGUAAUCAUUCAACAUUCAAAGUAAAAAAAAGAAGAAGUUAUUUUCGCGAACAACAGUGAUCGAAGUGUGUAGCGAGUUCGAGAAAUGGCAGUACUCCCACUAGUAAAGCUAGGAACACUAGCAUUGAAAACCGCUUGCAAACCCAUCGCCAAUAGGCUUAAAAAAGAAGCUGGAUACCACCCUAAGUUCCGCAAUUUCAUCAUCAGCAUUGCACAGACCAAUCACAGGUUUACCACGAGAAUUCAGAGACGCAUUUAUAGUCAAGCUACUGAUGUUGCCAUUCGUCCGCUUAAUGAAGAAAAGGCUGUUCAAGCUGCUGCUGAUCUCCUUGGAGAAUUAUUUGUCUUCACUGUUGCAGGAGCUGCUGUAAUAUUUGAGGUGCAAAGAAGUUCUAGAUCAGAGGCAAGAAAGGAAGAACUACGCAGACGUGAAAUACAGGCAAUUAAGACUAGAAGUGAAGAGUUGGGCAUGGAAAUUGAAGUUCUUGCACAGAAACUUGAAGAGCUGGAUCAACUUGUUAGAGGAAAGGGACUUGCUGGAGUUCUUAACUUCAGGCAAGGCAAUGCCGGUGAAGAUAAAAAAUCAAAAUCCAAUUAAUUGUCUCAGAUGUUAACCAUUGUGCGUAGAUUUUGAUAUACUGCUUUAUAAGUAUAGUCAUUUGAUUUGGAAAGAAAUGGAAUUGAUAUUAGAAAUGUUCUAACUUCUAAGAGAGGCAUAAUAUAUAAGAAGGUAUAAAAACAUAUUUAGAAGAUUUUCAUUUUUAGAUGUGGUGAGGGGCAUUGAGGAUUAGUCUUAAAUACACCCAUCCUCAAAUUUGUCAAUGUGCUCUUGCUAAAUAGGUUAUGUUUGGUUUCACAUUGGGAAGGUCUCAGUUCACCUUCGGACAAAAACUACAAGAGAGUAGAACUUUCAUGAUAGAUGCCAACCACAUUUCUCAGGCCUCUGAAUAAUCACAUUUCCCUCAUCUAAAGUUUUGUUAGACAGUCACUUGCUACUCUUCACAUUUGUCCAAUGAUUGACAGAAAAUAAGUCCCUUGUAAUUUUGUAAUAAUUGCCAGACAUUAUUUAAGACCUUGGCUUGGCUUAUCAACCUCUGUCUUUCGAGUAAACAGCUUGAAUCGAAGGACAUAUCUUUUUGCUGCAUGUUACUUGGAUUUUGAUUUUGUUUUUGAUUUGGGUCUAUUAAAUAUUAAUUUUAACUUUGUAGUCUUGAAGGUUGAAUUCAACAAUGCCUCACAUACUUUCGGACAAUUAUCUUCUUCAAUUUAAUUUUCUAGUAGUAUUUUUCAUAAUUUCUCCCUUGUAUUAUAUUUAGCUCUAAAAUGUUAGAAUCUCUACGGUUGAGAAACGAGUUUUACCUGAAUAAUCCCUAAGAUCAAAAUUCUAAUAUGAUGGCUACUAGGCACCAUCCUAUCAAUUUUAUAAGUGUCCUCGAAGUGGGAGACGAGAUGAAAAUGAAUGUUUAUUUGUUAUGUGACAAACCUUUUACUCUAGAUCAUGUGAUGUGAAGAAGCACAAGGAGAGUAUUAAACUUUGAUAGAGAGUAGAAUUAUAUUAUUUAAGUUAGUUUAUUAGUAGUAAUUUUAUUAUAUUUUAGUGGGUUUUUCAAUUAUCAUUUAAGUGGACUUUUAAUGUUUAGAUCUUUUGUUAGAUUAUCCAUUAGUAGGGGUGGCAAAACGGGUUAGGUCUGCCUUGUCGGCCCGUUUGACCCACCAUUUUGGGCGGGCU